CGCGGGUGCGGGCUCAGGCGCUGCGGGAGCGGGGAACCGCGGCCAUGAGCCGCCUGGGCGCGGUGCAGCGGAAGGUGCCUUGCCUCUUCGUCACCCAGGUCAAGGAGGAGCCGUCGGCCAAGCGGGAGCGCCAGCCGUUUAAAGUUUUGGCAACGGAGACUCUAACUCGAAAGGCAAUAGAUGCAGAUAUAUACAAUGCAAUUCCGACUGAAAAGGUGGAUGGAACCUGCUGUUAUGUAACUACAUAUAAAGGGCGACCAUACCUAUGGGCGAGGUUGGAUAGAAAACCCAACAAGCAAGCUGAGAAAAGGUUUAAAAAAUUCCUGUAUUCACUGGAAGAUUCCAAAGAAUUUAUUUGGAAUAUUGAAGAUUUCAAGCAUGUCCCGGAGUGCUGGAUUCCAGCAAAGGAAAUACAGCAUUCUAAUGGGAACCCUUUGCCUGAUGAAAAUGGACACAUUCCAGGUUGGGUGCCAGUGGAGAAAAACAGUAAACAAUAUUGCUGGCAUUCAUCUGUUGUAAACUAUGAGGCUGAAGUAGCUCUUGUAUUGAAACACCAUGCUGAUGACCCUGGACUUCUGGAAAUCAGUCCUGUGCCAUUAUCAAACCUUUUGGAACAAACACUGGAGCUUAUUGGAACUAAUAUUAAUGCAAAUCCAUAUG